GCAGAUAUAUAGUUUGGUUAACAUUAGUUGGCGUUGGCAGUAACACUCUCUAAAGCAAGUUAAUUUUGUAGAAGUCUUUUUUUAUUUUUAUUUUUAUUGGCCCAGAAACCUUCUAGAUUUGUUAAAAAAAGCAGAUAUUUGGCAGUGUUUUACUCAACAUCAAUGCCUAAAGCUGUUUUGUACUUAAAGCUGCAUCUCAAAUUGCUUGUGUACUGAACUAGCUUCAAAAGCGCCAAUAUAGAAGCCCAAACCACGUAAUGGUAGCCUUCCUGGUCUGGCCAUGUGGAGUGAGCCCUCAGCCGCCUGUGACCGAAGCACUGGCUCAGCCCACCCCAGGCCUUGCGUCUAUAAAACCCGUGUGCGUGUCCAGGCGGCCUGACAUCUGAUUUGGAGACGGCGUGGAGGACAGGCGACAGCCAGCAGCAGAGAGGAUGGAUAAUGCUACUUACACGUGCCCUCCUGACUACACUCCCCUGAGCAGCAGCAAACCUGGGGACGCUCCCUGCAGCUCCACUGUGGUCAAUGUGGGCACUCCUGCCAAGCCCCCCAAAGACUACCUGAUCUGGUCCAUCUGCAACACCCUCUAUGUCAACUUCUGCUGUCUGGGGUUCUUGGCUCUGGUGUACUCGGUCAAGGCCCGAGACCAGAAAGUCCUCGGUGAUCUCAAGGCUGCCCGGGACUUCUCAAACAAGGCCAAGUGGUACAACAUCCUGGCCUCCGGCUGGAACGUCAUCAUCCCCCUCCUCAUCAUCGUGCUCUUCGUCACGGGCAUCGUCCACCUGGCGAACGUCCGCGGCUCAUACGACUUCUUCGGGGAGGAAGGCUACGAGAACUUCAUGAGGCUGUUCGGACAGUAGCCGACGGCCAGGGGAAGAGCGAGCUGCUCCCCUUUCCCGUCACGACAAGCGCCCUCUCCCGAGCCAGGAGCAGGCAGACGAGGACAUGGGGGUUAAAUCUGAGACUCCUGGCCCUCGGUGUGGCUCUCUUCCCUUCUCUCUUUUCUCUGACUGCAACUGGGCGACCAGCAAUCAUCUUCCAGUGUGUUCGUAUUUAUUGCUUUGGCAACACUGUAAUUCAUCGGUCAUGCCAAUAAAGCUGGUUGAAUUCGAA